AUUCAUCUCCAUAUAUUCAUUGAUUCGGUGUCAUCAACCUUCUUCCUCUUUCUCCAAUUAGGGCUCAAUUUUCACUUUGCUUUCCUUUCUUCUCAACAUGUCUGAAGAUUUUCUCGAACAAGGGAAGAAGCGAGUCCGGAACCCUUUUGUCCCCAUUGGUGCACUUGUUACUGCUGGUGUUCUCACAGCUGGCUUAAUCAGUUUUAGACAAGGUAAUUCUCAGUUAGGUCAGAAGUUAAUGAGGGCUCGUGUGGUUGUUCAAGGUGCUACAGUAGCGCUCAUGGUUGGAACUGCCUUUUAUUAUGGAGAAAAUCCAUGGCGAUCGAGUUAAAACUAUAGUGGCCGGGAGCAAAAGUUGAAGUUUGUAAGUUUGUGGUUCCUUGUUGGUUUUAGUUAUACUUAUGUCCUAUCUUGGUCAUUUGAGGACCAAAACCUCUGCCCAACAUCUCAUUUUUUAAAGUUUUAUCAGAACACAACGAUUGAGUUCACCCCAAUGUACCUUUUUUAUAUAUAGAUUAUAAUGAAAUAAACACUCGAUUAACCGUUCC